UUCAAACUGUUUAACUUUGCUCUUAUGACGACCGUAGGAAAUACACUCUUAAAACGAGCCUUGUGUGCUCUAUGUCGGACACUGCCCGGCUCCGGAUGGAGUCCCGAAACCUUCAGAAAAGCUAAAUAUAACCGUCCCGAAGUAGCUUCAGAGUUUUGGAAGCUGCUGUAUUGCUUAUUGCAGCAAACAUACCAAAGGAAUAAUUGUUCUUCAUUAGCAAAUGAAAAGAAGGGUUUGGAAAAUCAAGCAAAAUAUGUGAAAUGUGUACUUCGACAUCAGGGAUAUGGAAGAUCAGCUUUCUACGACCUUCCCUGUGAUGGGUCUGAAGGUAGUAGAGAAUUGCUUCUUGCUUUUUCUUGGCUCUUGAAAAAAUUCAAACUUCUUGAGAAAUUCCUGGAAUUGAUUAGAGUCAGACUGGAUGAUGAGCUGGACAGUUGUGUGUGUCUUCAAGAGCCCAUCCUCAAAACAAAGGAAAGUGCAGCACCUUGUAUGAAGAGAAAGGUGGACGUGCGAUACCUCCAGUGGUUGAAUGGCAAAUUACGAUUUUGCAGGAAGACUCUGCAUGCUAUUGAGCAGGACAAAUAUGCAGUUAUAAACAAGAUUCAUUUAUGCACUCAAGGUUUUCACUUCCACCAAAACAUCAAUCAUUUGUCAUUCUUGGAAGCUGGCCUUGUUCAAAAUCCAGAAAAUACUGCCAAGAUUAUUCAGCUGCUGGAGUCUGAAAAUUCUCACUUGGAAGCUUACUUGGAAUGGAAACAAGUCGAAUCAGUGUACUGGCAGUGGAUGGAAAGCAUCCUUAUGUCUAGCUGUGAUGAUGAUCAAAGUAUUUCAGAAGAAAACCUCAACAACAUGGCUGAGUUUAUUUGUCAUAGUUUUAACAAAGAUAUUGAGGACGUGAGCAAUUAUUUAGCAGACAUACAUAACAGGCUUCAAGAGAUGUUGUUCUGCAAGAAAUCAGCAUGGCAUCAACAGAUUAAGGAACUUAAAAGGCUUGACGAGAAAGAAGUCUAUUUGACUGCGAGAAAGAAUAAACAAGAAGCACUAAAGAAAAUACAAGAUUUCAAACAUAGUUUCCAGUCAAAAGAGACUAAUGGUCAAUUUAGUUUGAUUUUUAACAAUUGUUUUGAGAUGCAGAACAUUUCGUUUUACACAAACCCUAAAUCCAUGCUUGCUGCAGACCUUAUAAUACAACUAAAGAGAGCCGAAUGUGAGUUAGAAACUGAAAUGCAGAUGCUGCAAGAAGAAUGCAGGGUUAGGUUGGAUAAUAUUAUUGAACAGUAUGAAGGAGUUAUUUGUAUCCCCCCUUCAAAAGUUCAUGUCUAAUAUGUAUAGUACAUAUUUAAAGGGACUCUCCAGUACCAGGAAAAAAAUCAUUUUUCCUGGCACUGCAGGUCCCCUCUCCCUCACACCUCCCAUCCCCGGUUGCUGAAGGGGUAAAAACCCCUUCAGUCACUUACCAGAGGCAGCAACAUGUCCCACGUCGAUGCUUUUUCCUCUGCCGCCGUUCCUCCCCUUCAUCACGUCAGCCAGCGGGGGAGACUGAUCACGCCCCCCGCCGGCUGGGGAGACCUAAUGCGCAUGCGCAGGGGAGGGGGGCUCUGUGUUUUUAGUCUAAUUCCACGGUCUGUCUGAUGUUCCUUUUCCAAAGCAAUAUAGAGCAAUGGGAAAAACUGUAUUUCCUUUAUACAGUUUGAAACUGAUUGUCUUGCUAUUAAAGGUGAGCUGCCACUUUUCUGGAAAUUGCACAAAUAAAUUUAAUACAAAAAUGAACUAAAAGUCACCUAUAAUAUUUUCAACAUUUUCUAAUGUAAUGUUCCAUUUUCUUUGAAAUACAUAUUAUAGAUUUAAGACAUAACUAUGCAAGUCAAUCUGGUUACAUUCUGAACUGGAGGAGAAGCCAAAUCCUAGGAGGAGGAGG